ACCACCAUACAUGAUAUAUAUGUGCACAUCAACAUCAUACGCAACCGCCAUCAUCGCCAUCAUAAACCGCUUGAGGAACACCACAACUGACUCCGAAACUCUCUCUCUCUCUCUCUCUCUCUCUCUCACUCUCUCUUUAAAUACCCACCCACUGGCCUUACCGCAUUUCCUUACUCUCUCCACUCACAAUUUACACCAGAACAAAGAAAGAAAAAACCAACCAAACACUUCACGAUGGCCAAGAAGAAGAACAAAAGUGGCGGUGAGAACAACAACAACAACGAUGUGGCUGAGAAGAAGAACGGCGAUGGAGGUGAGAAGAACAGCGGCGCUGGGGGUGAGAAGAAGAAGGAGGACGGCCCCAUCCCCGUUGUGUUGAAGGUUGACAUGCACUGUGAGGGCUGUGCUACUAAGAUUGUCAAAUGCGUCAAAGAUUUUCAAGGCGUGGAGUCGGUGAAAUCUGAGUUCCAGGCGAAUAAGCUGACGGUGGUCGGAAACGUGGACCCCACACAGCUCAAAGACAAGCUGGCCGCCAAGACCAAGAAGAAAGUCGACCUCAUCUCUCCCCAGCCCAAAAAGGACAACAAAGACGACGCCAAGAAAAACCAGCCUGAGAAAGCAAACGACGACAACAAAAAACCCAAAGAGGCUCCGGUGACGACGACGGUUCUCAAGCUGAACUUGCACUGCCAGGGAUGCAUCGGGAAGAUUCAGAAGACUGUGAGCAAGACCAAAGGGUUCCAUGAUAUGACCAUUGAUAGGCAGAAGGAUUUGGUGACGGUGAAGGGCUCAAUGGACAUGAAGGAAUUGGCUGAGACUUUGAAGGAGAAGCUCAAGAGGCCUGUUGACAUUGUGCCACCAAAGAAGGAGAAGGAGAAGGAGAAAGGCGAAAACAACGGCGGCGGCGGCGGUGGCGGCGGAGAUAAGAAGAAAAAGGAGGAAGAGGGGGCCAAUGGUGGUGGAAAAAUGGAGGGGCACAAAAUGGAGUAUCCAGCGGGUCUACCCGGAUUCGGACAAGUUCCAUAUGGAAUGGUAUAUGGACCUGGAUUCGGCGCAGGAUACGGGUACCCGCCUCAUGCUCUGCCUCCUCAAACUCUGCCUCCUCAAGCUCCUUACAUGGGGAACCCCCUUCAUGCACCUCAGAUGUUCAGCGAUGAGAACCCAAAUGCUUGCUCUAUAAUGUGAGAAUGGUCAAUCAAGGAAGAAGAUGAUAGAGUUAACUUAGAAAAUCUGAAAUCAGAAGAAAAGAAAAAAAAAAAACUGUAAAUAAGAGAAUAGACAGGUUUAGAUAUGAGAAAUCUCAGGGGGGGUCGGGUUCAUCCAUAUUUGACCCGGGGCUCUAGCUAUUAGAAAAAUCAAAAUGGUCAUUUUGGGUUUCCUUUGUAUUUCUUUUCAUGAAACUACUAUUUGUUUUGUUGUUGUGAUUUGGUUAGUGAUAUUAAUGCUGUUUUGGCUAAAAACGCUUUUUGAUAAUUAAGUUCGGUUGUUAUCUGAA